AUGACAGAGAACAAUUAUCGGCCUCGCUCUCCUGAUCUAUCUCUUCCUCCUCCUCAACAAUACGCGCUUGCGAGUCCAAUUACAUCCCACGAAUCGCCCUUCUUCAACUCAUACCAACCUCACCAACGCCCAAUUCUAAGUCGCGUGGGUCAACAAUACGUUCCACCUUAUCAGCCAGACUCGGACAUGGCUCGCCGUUCUAGCCGUCUUGCUCAGUCCGACCGUACCCCCAUCCCAGAACCUAUGCCCGAGGCAAUUCUACCAAUCCCAGAGGCAAUCCAACCAACCCCAGAGCCGAUCGCAAUGGCGCCGGUCCCCGCUAUUGCGCCGGAGAUAGAAGAAGAGAUGCCACCGGCGCCUCCGAGUGCGGGGAUUGAAGUAAAGACCAAGUUUCCCGUGGCGCGCAUCAAGCGCAUCAUGCAGGCCGAUGAGGAUGUCGGCAAGGUUGCUCAAGUGACACCGAUUGCUGUGUCCAAGGCUCUCGAACUCUUCAUGAUCUCUCUUGUCACCAAGGCGGCACAAGAAGCAAAGGACCGCAACUCAAAGCGCGUCACGGCCUCGCAUCUCAAACAGGCCGUCGCCAAGGAUGAAGUGCUUGACUUCUUGGCUGACAUCAUCUCCAAGAUCCCUGAUCAACCCGCCAGUCGCAAACACGAAGACGACGGGAGCGAUCAAAAUGAGGGUCGCCGUAAGCGUGGCGGGCGGCGACCGAAGGAUGAAAGUGAUUGA